UAAACCGUUAAUUCAUUUGCAAAUGUUCAGCAACAGCAAUUGGAAACAAAUAGUUGCAAUUAUCUGUGUUUCUAUUUAUUUCUCAAUUGAAUCUCCAUUACAAUGUUAUUCAAAGUUUUAAUUGUUUUUACAUUGUACUCAACAAUAUCAACACUCAGUAAUUUGGUGGACUUGCCAUUGAAAGUGCCUAAAGGAAGUUCAGUGAUUAAUGCUACUUUAACUUAUCAUGGAUAUACCAAUGAAUUUAAGAAGUAUUAUUUACAAGAGUUGAUAUCAGCUUUUGGUCCAACCACUAAAGGUAAAAUUUUCAUCUCAAGUGAUACGGAUUCCUACACAAUACAUUAUAAUGCUGAUUCUUAUACUGGUGUGGACGGUAGGGAACGAUUGGUUAUUCAAGGUACAAAUUGUGAACUGUUCACUUACACUUACAGCAGUUGGGAUAAAUAUUUAUCUGGCGUUAAGAAACCCAUACUCAACAUAAUUCUCUUGAUAGGACCUUCGAUAUUAUACAGACUUGAUCAUUCGUCGUUUGUUUGGAAAUCGGUUGCAGAUAAAAACAUCAGAGGAAUCAUGAUGAAAGGGGCAUCAACAGAAGUUAAUGAAAAUUUGAAAAUUACUUUCUACUACAAAAGUCAUCUCGAUUACCAAUCUGGAAUGGAAAGUCCCAGCAGAAUUGAAUUCAGUGGUUAUGAAAGAGCUUCAAUUCCAGAGUCAGAAGAGAAUCUCAUUCUAUAUAUAGAUAUCUAUUCUAUUCAACAUGUAAAUAUUUUCCUUGAAGACUUAGAUCAAGUCCAGAAUGAGGUUCAACCUCCAACUGGAAUCGGAUGUCCACAUUACUUAUCUGGAAGCAAAGAAUUGCCAGAGUUAAGUGUUAAUCACUUGCACUACAUCAUGGAGGAACGAAUCAAAGGUUCAACUGCGUCUCGAUCACUUAGUGAGAUUUAUGCUGCAUAUCAUUACGAUUUUUCGAGGAUAAAAACAUUGGUUGGUUCAGUAAGCGAAGUUAUUUACGACUAUCGACUCGGAGUUUCUUUUCAUAUUUCAAAGGAUGGAUCCGUUACUGUGACAUCCAUCGACUCGAGUACGCCUGGAAUCGAAUCUCAUGGAGAAUUCACUUUGACUACUCUUUUCAUGCUCGAUGGUAGCUUUAAAUAUCUUGGGAAGCGCAACUUGAAGCAUCGCUCUGGACUCUCUGUUGAAGCAUGGGAAUCAGUUCUACUCAAUGCCAAUAUCAACGGAAAGAAGGUGGAUAAAGCUGUUAUUACUCAAUAUUUUGCUCCAUCGGAAAACAAUGACAUAUUUUAUGGCUAUACUCUUGUCAGUACCAAAGUGUCCAUCUAUGAUCAUGAUCAAUCGAAAAAAGUUUACACUUGGAAGGAUGGUAUCACAAGAGAUUACAUGAACUUUCAAGAGGUUCGAUCCAUCGAGAGUAUUCGUUCAUUGACAGAAAAAGUCAAUUACGCUUCUAGCGAUGAAAAAGUGAUCCUUAACUUCAUAUUAGAGUGUGAUGCUUCUGAUCACAAUGCUUGCAUCAAACACAUAGAGGAUAAUGUUUACUGGUUGAAAGGAGAGUUCCUUUAUUUUGUCCUUUUAGUUCAACCAGUCAGUAUACUGCGAAUAGGCGAUAUUCGAUAUCGCUUCACCGAUACAAAAGUCGAAAUGGAAGUGACAUUUCUCGAUCUACCACAUUUGGAAUUCAUUUUCAACUCUGUCUCCAUGUCGCUGAGUCAAGAGACAUUCACCAAGAUGAUGACGAUUAUCGCUAAUAAUGAACCCGAUUGCCUAGAAAAAUUAUCACAGUAUCAGCUGACAAUCAA